AUGCCAGGACGUCGCUACCUCCGCUUCCUCAAAUUCGUCGACGCCUUUGCGCUCGCUUUCCGCGUGCUCUCGGAGCAGAGCGGCGGGGUGCUGGCUGCGCUUGAGUUCGGGAAGUGGAGUUGCUUGGGGAUGUAUCUACUGUUGGAGAGUUUCACGAUUCUGGACUCCAUGGGUGUCGUGUCCACGACCUGGGCACCGGGCUUGUUCGUCGAAGCCAUGAGGUUCUGGUUUUACUCGCUGAGCUUAGGGAUUCUGGGGGGUCUGUGGGAGUUAUGGGGUUUGCGAUCGUACGGGCUGGCGGUGGAGAACGUGGCUGGGGCUGACGAGGCCGAUGAGAAGAAGUCUAAGGAGAGGGAAGCCGAGGAAGUGGAAUCUCGGAUGAGGGAGAAAGUCACGCUGAGGAGGAAAAUCAUGAAGAAGGUGGUCAUCGAUGCCUGUGACCUGUUCAUCCCAGGGACGACCACGGGCUGGCUAACAGCUUCGCCAGCCACUGUAGGCAUGUUGAGUGCUGUGAGCACGGUGCUAGCCGGGGCGGAUAUUUGGAGGAGAGUGCAAGAGGGUCAAUAA